UCGCGGAGGUCAUCCCUGUCACCUAGGUCAUUCCCUAUUCCCUAUGGUCCCGUCUACGAUGUCGCAGGAAACGCAGUGACGCUCAUGUCCUCGUGUCUGCUUUUCACAAGCUGAGAAAAACGGAUUCUGGAUUCUGACGGAAGCUGAGCUUGCGACCGACUUUCGAGUCGACUUAGAAGUCACGCGCGUGUCCUCCUGUCUGCCUUCAGAAGCUGCAUGGGUCCUAUCCCAUCCCGUCAGCUUCAAGCUGUGAACGACCCAGGAUAAUCUGCCUGCUGGCGAAUCGCGAUGUCGACUCGUCGUCACGUGUCACGUUCAGUCUCGUAGCGCCAGAAAAGAGCGGGGAUGACUCUCGGGAAUGGAAGGAUGGAAUGGAUGAGGAAGGUUAGCUCGACUCGUCAGCGCUUCACGUCGUGUGUCACGUUCAGUCCCGUAGCACCAGAAACGAUUGGAGCGAAUCGCGGGAUCGGAAGAAGAGAUUGGACGAGAAAGGAUAGCGCGAUCUAAUUCCUGGGAGGUAUCAAUAGUUGGGACGGUUCCUUUCCGCAUGGAGCCUGGUUGAAUUUGCAUCACAUGAAGCACCGUGACUAACACCUGACAGUAAUUUGUUCCUCCAGAGUACUGUAUCGCGAGCUAAUGUGCUGGUUUCAGGGCUAGCCUCUGUGGAGCCAAGAUUUCGUGAGCCUUAGUGCCACGAAAGCAAGCAGCAGCAAGCAGCCAAUCAGUCGUCGCAAGCAGCUUGCUUCGUUUGGACGAAUGUCUUCUUCAAAAUCUGUUCCUGGAAGCAAGGCACCCAGGAGAAUUGCAAUCCUGCUGCACCCGUCGUCCUACCCUUCUAUCUCCAGGCAGAACCACAGUCAAGAGGAUCUCGCUUCGUUUCAACACAUGGCUGCUUCUUCACAACCCGUUCCAGGAAGCAAGGCACCCAGGAAGAUCGCAAUCCUGCUGCAUCCGUCUUUCUACCCAAGGCAGAACCAGAGUCAAGAGGCGUUCAAGCUGAAGACCAGCAAAUGCUGCUUGCAGUCGCUGUACUCCACACUAUACCGUGUGGGACUCCCAGUCGUGGCAGCAAGGUGUCUGAAGCCCUUACUGACACUUACUGAAGCCAACGGCCCUCAAGAGAACAGAGGUAGGUAGUAACCAAUCACCACAAGGGCUACGGGAAGACUGCCUCACUUUGUAGCCGCAGGGAUAGUCAGAUGGCUGUCUGUAGUAGGGGAUAGUCUUAUGUGAUCAUUUAUUCAUGAGAUACAGGUCAAAUUUGCACGUCAAUCAUGCA